UUCCUCAUUUCCCAGGCACAGAAGCAAGGAUCUCCAAGAUGGCAGAAGGUGUAGGCUCACAGCAGCAAGGGCUUACUCCUCACUCGUUCUUGCCACUCCAACCGUACGAGGUACUAUGGGCGUUGGCUGAGCACCACCUACAGAAGGCUGCAAAACAGGAGCACUUGGGCGGGACCGGACCGGACAACGCGAUCUCUGAACCCGUUGAGCCACAUCUAGAGGCGUGUGUCCGAGCGUUGGAGGCGGUGCUACUUUCAGGUGUCCUGCCGCUGAAGGUCGAAGUCAGGACGAGGCACCGGCUGGCGGAGGUCCUGCAUCUGCACUUCUUCAACUUUCAAGAAGCUGAGGCACAUUUAUCGAAGGCGGCUCUUCUAGUGCAAAAGUCAAACGAUGUGGAUAUGUAUGAAUACGGCUACAGGAUCAAAGAUCUGCAAUGCCGAAUUUGCGAAGCUGAUCCGACUGGGAUGGCUGGGAGGACAGUCAAGAAUCAGUUGAAACAAUACGCCGCGGAUGCAGCCAGAUUACACAUGCGAAAGUGGUAUUACCACUUUACGAUGAGGCGCGCGCGUAUUCUAGCGUUGGAGAAGGACUACAAAGGGUGUUGCUCGACGCUUUUGAGCGCGGCUGAAGAUGCACGGCUACAUGGGGAAGGAACUAUGCAGUGUGCACUUCUGCUAUCCCUCGCUGCCAUCUUGCUGAACCCUGAAAGUCUGCAACUGGGCCUCGACGUGGUGAAGCUACUCGAAACACUGUUUGAGCCAAUGAACGGACAACAACCUGCCGCGGUCGAAGGCGGUCAACCCAUCGGUCCCACCACGGUGUCAAUAGCUUCAAGUCAGAACCAACAUCUGCGACUGUACUAUAUCGCCACCACAAUCCUUUACAACCUUCAGAUGGGAAACUCCAAAGAUGCUAUCCCAAAGUUGGCGGCUCUGCACGCGCUCGCGGAAGCUCCUUCGCAUGAAACCCAAGCCGAGACCGCAGCUGGCAUCAUUCAAGUGUUGGUUCGAAAUGGGGAACACACGGUGCCAUUCGCUCUCUCAGUCCUACCUCGAUACAAGCUACACAUCGUAAUCUUCCUGAUAUCUGCUUUGACGCACAAGACUCAAGAUGGAUUCAAAGCCCAAAAGCAUCUGAUUGAAGGACUGAAGGCGAUAGAAAAGGAGCUUGCACAACGACCGGCUAGAAGUGCACGACCCGCAGAAGCGGGAAAUUCCGACACAGAGCGAGCAUGGCUUUGCGACGCGAAGUUGACUUUCCUCAGGCACAUUUCGGAAAUCGCUAUCUAUCGGGGAGAGUACUUCGAUUCUUAUCGCGUGAUUGGAAAGAUACUGGAAUGGUGCACGUCGGAAAGCGCUCUAUGGACGAGGUUUCGACCUGUGGUCCUUCACAACUGGGCGAUGCUUUAUCAAGCGGUGGGCCGAUAUGACCUCGCGGUUGAGCGCUAUAGAGAGGCCGCGUCCAUAGGGAAUGGGGAGUUCAGAUUCCUUGGCGCGGUUCAUGUAGCGAUUCUUGCUUGUACGGAAUCGCCGCCUGACCAUGCUAAGAUUGCCGGCGCGAUAGCUGAUCUAGAGGCGGCAGUCAAAGACCAGGGAGGAGUCCGCACCGUUAGCGAAAGGGCACUUACGGGUUUGAUUGAGGGUCUGCAUCUUUUGAUCAGCGGAAAUAUUCGAGAUACCAAAGUCAAGAUCCUGGACAACAUAAAGAUAAACGACGCCUUGUGUAGCACACAACUGCGGUACAUCUCCGUUGGCCUGCUUGGGGAGCUGUUCUCCCCAAUAGACCCUAACCAUGCAGAACGGAUGUUCUGCACCGCAUACACUAUUUCCAAGAACGCGCACAACCACAGCUUUGCGGCCGCUUCAGCGGAGAACGCGGCUUCAUGCUUUCAUCGCAAGCAAGAUCGGGAUACGGAGAUAAAGUUUAUAGAACUCAGUCAGAAGCAUUGGGAACUGGACACGAAAGUUUUAGCUCUACUGCCGGCGGUAUUCAACGAAGUGCACGGAGGACCACAUGCACAUGCCUAUUGAAUUAGUGCCUCCUUUGCGCCGUACUCUAGUUAUGUAGGAGAAAUGGAUUGCCCCAAUGGGUUGGUAGACACUUCAGCGGGCAUGGUCCUGCGUAUAGAUCGUGUGUAUUUGGAUUCAGGAUGACGGGAUCGCAUCUACCAGGCACUGUCGAAAGUCCCGUCAUUUGGAUAACAGGCUUCAAGGUUUGGG